AGAGGGUAGGUGGGUGGGUGUUGUGAAGCGCGGCGUUUGCAACAUAAUUGAAAAAAACAUGGCGGAUUCUGAGGAAUUUCGACUCAAACGGGCCGAGCAUGAAGAGCGCCUUUCCAGAGUAUUUGAUGAAGUGAUGGGUUUGGGAGAGUUCGCCGACUCCUCCAGGGGCUCCGCCACCUCUUCCAGGAGUAGUGGACACGAGGAGUCAAAGGUGGUCGAGGAAGGGUCAAGCCAGGAGCAACCCAAACAGGGAGAGGAAAAUGGAGACGGCAACAGGGAAGACGAAAGGAUGGCCGAGCCAGAGGGAGAGACAAACUUUCCUUGCCUUGAAUCCCCUUCCCCAGAUGAGGGCUCCCCAUUCCUCAUGGGAACCAGCGAAGACAGAAGAGAGGAAAGUGGAGGGGCAGAAUUUGAUGAAGGGCUAGAAGGGCUUCCUGUGUACGGGGCUGAAGAAGAGGAAGACGAGGACUGGCACUUUGCCCUGCCAAUGGGUACCCUGGAAGAUGCUGAUGCUGACAAUAGCGAAAAGAGAAGCACCCAACUGGAAGACAAGAACACAAGCACCAACAAGCCUUUAGCUAGCACGCAGCGAGAGGAAGAGAGAGAGAAAGAUGGCGAGAAAGGCGGAGACGGCAACGGGUCUACCAGCGUCUCCAACUCGUCCCAGGACCAUGCCUCUGAGAACUGCCAAGGAAGAGGCGUUGAGAACCAGUCAGCAGAGAAAGGAGACAGCCAGCAGGCAGAGGGGUCAGCUGCAGCUCCUGUGGUGGACAGUAAUCCUCCCAUUCCUCCUGUCAUCAACAUUAAAGACGAGCCAGUCGACGAAGGCUACGACGCCGCUUUGCUGCCUCAGAGCUCCAUCAGACAGAUUAAAGAGGAGCUGGAACAUCAGGAGGACGAGCUCCGGAUCAGUUCUGUCUACUCUGUAGGAGGAGGGAAUACCUUUGUUUCCCCCACUGUACCAGCUCCUGGCCCAGUCCCCCAGCCAGCAGCCAUCUUUAUCCCUGGUAGAGGUGCUGUCCUGCAACCUACAGCCAUGGCAUCGCUCCCUCUCAGACCUCAACCUCCACCCGCUGCUUCACGUCCAAAUCUCGUUCCAGCACCUCUGGCCCCUUCUCAGCCCCCGGCCUCCAGUAGCAUACGCUGCAGUGGCUGCUUCAAGGUCCUGAUGAAGGGCCAGACGGCAUUUCAGAGAAAAGGGUCCACCCAGCUGUUCUGUUCCACAAUCUGCUUGACUGGUCACUUGCCUCCCACCAGCAAGGCCCGAGCCUGCUUCCAGUGCCACAAAGAGAUCACCCUACCCAAAGACAUGGUGAUGAUCCCAUUGGACUCCAACACCUACAUGCAUUUCUGUGGCCAGUUCUGUCUGUCCACGUACAGGAGGAAAGCAGCUGAUAAGCCGAUAGAAAAACGAAUCGAGAAACCACCUGAGAAACAGCAGGAGAAACAGACGGAAAAAGCCUUCUGCAGUGUUUGCAGAUCCUCCAAAAGGAUUGAACACGAGGUCAGCCAUCAGGGUCGCAUCCACAGACUUUGUAGUGAUGGUUGUUUCCUGGCAUGGCGGAAGAUGCGUCAGCUGGCCAUGAACUGCUGCGAGGGCUGUGGUCUGUACUGCAAGAGCAACUCGGGCUCCUGUCAGACCCUCACCAUCGACAGAUCACAGCUCAACUUCUGUAGUCCGACCUGCAUCAGCACUUAUAAACAGACCUGCAGGAAGAUGACUGAGUGUGCCAACUGUCACAGGGUAGUUCAAGUCUCCACCACUAUGAUGGAACGAGACCAGAAGGGCAAAAUUCAGCUCUACUGCUCAUCUGUUUGCAUAGAACAGAGCCGCCCACCCAGGCACACACUCACUGAUGCUGCGUUCCCCUGCUCCCAGUGUCGGGUCAUUGCUGUCCCUCAGUAUCAUCUGGCCAUGGUGGACGGCACAAUCCGCAACUUUUGCUCCUAUGAGUGUGUCAAUGAAUUCAGGAAGGCGAUGCACAACUCCAAAUCAGACCUGACCAACGGAACGCCCACCACCACCUCCUCCUCUUCCCUCAGGGACCUCUCCCAUAGAGACACGCUAAAAAUGAUGCCCUCGGGCGGUACCGGACCGGCCCCCGGUUCAGCCCGUCAGGAGCUCUCGUCCUCUGUCUCUCUCCCGGGCCGUCAUCCAAGUCAUACCUCUGUUCCCCCCUUGGUGCCUCCCUACCCUGUUCUGUCCUCCCCUUCUCCCUCUCUCUCUCCCUCAGCACCACCAGGCCAAGCCCAAAUCCAAACCCAGUCCAGGCUUCCUCCUGGACAAUGCCUCAGGCCAAGAGAUGGCGGAGCGAAUGAUUCCUCAAGAUUGACCUGCCAUCAGUGUGUCAAACAGUUCAUCACCAAACCUCUGCUGUUUAGUUACCAGGGUCGUAUGUCAUUGUUCUGCAGUAAUGCGUGCUGUGAGCAGUAUAAAAUCCAGAAAGACAUCUCGGCCCCAUGUGAGCACUGUAAGGUGGAGAAGGUCAUCUUCGAUGUGGUCACCUACAACCAACAGGACCUGUUCUUCUGCAGCGAGAGCUGUAAGCUUUACUUCAAACACGAUCUGAUGUCUCGUGAGAAAGAGCACCCCUUUCGUCCCUGCAGCUACUGCUCCUGUUUCGGGGAGAAGAUGAUCCACAGCCACUACGGCGGCAAGCUGGAGGAGUUCUGCAAGCCCCACUGCAUGUCCCAAUUCACGGUGCACUACUAUGGGAUGGCUCGGUGUGACACUUGUAGGAAGCAGGGCUACAUGGCGGAGAAGCUGAAGUGCUCCGGUUCGGUCCGAAACUUCUGCACCCUGCCCUGCCUUCUUCAAUACUGCUACCAACAUUUUAAUUCCAGCCAGCAGAUUAGCAGCAACGGUUCAGGCACAGGCCCUGCGCUGCCAGCAGCACGUGCUCCAACCCAGCCCCACCAUUCCUCCACCACGAAUUCCAUCAACGCUGACGUCGUCUCAUUGGCCAGCAGCUCCGCCUCCCAGCCCCAUGUGACCGCAGACACUGCCCUUACUGGAGCUCUUCCAACCUCCAACACCCAUGGCAAGAACAUAGACAACGCCAGUACCCAGACUGAUGCCAUGCGUGUACCGGUAGUCCGUCGGCGUCAAAUGAAGAACAAGUCAGUCCUAUGUCGCCCGUUCACCUUGGACCAGGGAAUCCUGUGUCAGCUGCCUGCACCACCCAGCGAAUCAACAGCUCAGCUAGCCAGCCCCUCGCGGCCCGCUGAGUCGUCCGCCGAACCAUCCACAUCUGCAUCUCCACUGCCAGUGCCGCAACCUGAGGGAGGUACAGGACCGUGUGCAGGCCUCCCAGCACGCCUAAUAGGACGCCAUUUCCUGGGCAAGAGGGAGACUGGCAACCCCAACUGCAAGGUCUGCUCAAACCACAAGAGGAAGAGAGAAGAGGAGGAGGAGGGGGAGAUGAGGAAGAGAGGAAAGAUGGAGGAGAAGUUGGGGGAGAGCAAGGAAAAAGAGAAGAAAACAGAGGAAAGGGAAAAAGAGGCAGAAGACAAGAAAAUGAACUCAGGUGGUGAGAAACACGAGGAGAAGAAGGAGAGCGGAGGGCAGGAGAAAGGUUGUGAGCAGGAGAAUGGAAUAGGGAGGACACAGACUUUGUACUUUUGUAAGACGUGUCCUGGAGAGCCCAGCCUGUGUCCCGUGCCCUGCUUUGAGCUCUACCACACCAGACUGAUCUACAGACCAGUUCCUGAUCUGGAAACACCAGACUUUCUAUACGCUCACAUCAAGGACGUCGACACGUCUCAGGCAUCGCUCAGUCCUCCAGUCAGAGAGGAAAAGGUGAAGUUGGUGAUGGUGCCGGUUGCAGUGCCAGUUUUCAUUCCUGUGCCUAUGAACAUGUACUCCCAACACACGCCUGUUCCCAUGGCGAUGCCCUUACCGGUUCCAGUUCCCAUAGUGAUACCUCGACAAAACAAGGAAGUGAAAGAUGCUGCUGUCCAAUCAGAGCCCUGGAAUGCGGGUGGGGAGGAAGCGGAGAAGAACAGUGCCAUUACCUCUGCAGACCAGGACAGUAAUAACAGCGGAGGCCUGAAGUCAGAGGUGGUCAGCUCUCCGAGUCUGGAGGAUGAGACAACUCGAAGGGAAGGUCUUACAGUACAAGCAGUGACCGAAUGUAAAGAGGAGGGCAUGGACUCUGACCAGAGACCCACAAAUACCCAGGACAAGGGGAGCUCAGACACAAACGAAGCUCCGGUGGAUACCCAGACAAAGGGGAGUAUGGCGACAGGUGAUUCCCCCAGCACCAGCACCGAGUAUCAGCCCCUGUCUCCUCCUAUGAUGGACUUGGAGGCCGACUUUCCAACUGAAUUGUUGGAUCCCGAGUCAUCUGCUCCACAGCGAGGAGUGAAGAGACCCAGAGAAGGCUUCUCUUAUCGGAAAAGGGGUCGAAGGCGUGCUGGAUCUUUGGACCGCAGUGCCAUGGUGUCUAUGGCUCGCUCCAAACUGAACUAUCAGUAUGGGGUCAAAGCCUGGAAGAGCUGGGUCCAACAGUGCAACAGACACACAGAACCACAGGACUCCCAUUCGCAGGUGUUUAAGGAGGACGUCCUCCAGUGGGACUCCACAGAGCUGAGCUACGGUCUGUGUCGCUUCAUCAAAGAGGUCCGACGCCCAAAUGAAGAGGUCUACACACCUGACAGCAUCUUCUACCUCUGUCUGGGGAUACAGCAGUACCUGUUUGAGAAGGGCCGUAUCGAGAACAUCUUUACUGAUGAGCUGUACAGCCAGUUUAGCACAGAGAUCACCGACAUGCUGCGACAGUGGAAGCCUCAACUACUACAAAGCUGUGUUGUCUCCUCCCGUGUGGAGGAGGCCUUCCUGUGGGAUUGUAAGCAGCUGGGUGCCUACUCCCCCGUGGUGCUUCUCAACACGCUGCUCUUCUUCUGCACGAAGGCCCUCCGCUUCACUACGCUGGCCCAACAUCGAUGCCUCUCCUUCGCCAACUUCACCCGCCACUCCAGACCCUGCGGCCACACCGCCAAAGCCCACUACCUCCGAUACCAAGCAGCCAGCGUUAAGCCACCCAAGCGAGCCCGCAGUGAGACGGAAUGUUCUAAGACGAGUCUCCAGGAGGAAGAGGGAGACAUGGAGAUGCCAGAAAACAUCUCCAACCCACUACGCUGUCCCGUCAGACUCUAUGAGUUCUACCUCUCCAGAUGCUCCGAGUCCAUGAGGAAGAGAACCGAUGUGUUCUACCUGCAGCCUGAACAGACCGUUCACACAGACAGUACCCGCUGGUUUACUUCUGAGCCGCUACAAGACGGCAUCUUACAGAGCAUGCUCACGCGCAUCCUGGCUGUCCGAGAGCUGCACCAGGGCCAGGGAGCCGCUCGGCAGCUCGUCUCACCGUCGCCGCAUGCUGACGAAGGCGGCUCGCGUUGACGAUGCGACGUCGUGGUCGCACACAUCCAACCAGCACCACCACAUCUGUUCACGGGCGGAGGAGAAAGAGCACGUCAUUAAACAGUCUUCCCUGCAUCGGUGGUGACCUUUUCCAGCGAAGGGA